AUGUAUUUACAUUAUUAUUCCUCGGGCUACAAAGCCUACCUCAUCGUAAUUCUCGGCUUUCUUUCAAUCUUUACCACCGCUGUACCCCACCAGGAUUCGUCACUUCCAAACCUGAAUCCCGCCGGCGUGGCUAACUCUGUGCAACAAUUAGGUUCCUCCAUCCUUCCUCGUCAAAAGGGAACCUAUCCUCAUUUCUCGGUACAGCUGCAAUUCCGGGACCGAGGUAGAUCCAGCGACGAGAAGAAGAAGAAGAAGCAAGUCGCUACCACGGCGGUUCAAGCUCUUUUAAACCUUGCCAUACUAGAUUUGGGGUUUUCUUCAAUAAAAAUCUCGCAGGUCGAAGGGUUUCCUGUUGUCAAUAAGCAGGGAAAUGUCGACUUCAGAAUUACUCUCCUUCCUCUGAAAGAUGAACCUGCGACUAUAUAUGACGGGUUGGUCAACCUUUCGAGUAAUGCCGUGAAUGGGCACUUGUCAAGGUCUAGUAUGGUCAUUGUCAAUAUUGUGAAUGGCAUUGUGCAAAAAGGUUUACCGACACAUACCAGCAACAAGAAAGGAACGAACGUUGAAUUCGAUGUACAUUCUGACCAAAUUGUCACUUUCAAUAAAAAUGACGCCCCUAGCAAAUUGUUUCGGAUGGAAAUUUUACUGAGUGUGAAGACUUGCUUUACACAGAAGGCUAGUGCCGAAGCACUAGUCCCUGCACAGGAGUAA